AUGCGGAUACCGCAGUCAUAUAUUCAGAAGUGCAAGGUGGUGGCACAUGUUUUCCAGGCCAUCUUCGUCUUUAUAGCAGCAUGUCUGACCAUCGCCGUUAUGACCAAGGACGGAGAUAUUGGAGGGGCUACUAGGUAUUUCUUUGCUAUGUGCUUCCUAUCCAUACCCGCCAUCAUCUACCUCACAAUGGUACCCAUGUGGUCGCGCGCCCAACGCUUCGCCUCCGCAUACGCUUUCCUCGCUGUCGACGCUUUAUACACCAUCCUUUGGUUCGCGGCCUUCAUUGCGGUGGCUAUGUGGAACGCCCACGGUAUCAAGGAGGGAGCCAAGAAGGAGAAGAUUUCGGAUGACGACCGGAAUUGCACAACAUUCCUCUAUGGAGACGAGGCCAAGUGCAAAGUCAGCAAGGCUGCUGUAGGUGUAGGUGUCAUGGUGUUCCUUUUCUUCGCCAUCACAACGGGCGUAUCCGGCUACUACCUCCACAAGUAUCUCCGCGAAGGCGUCAUGCCGUACCAAUCCUCCAAGGAGAACACACACUACGCUUCCGGCGACUCCGCCUACAACAAUCCCAAAGACACAACCUGGUCCACCGAAAUCGAAACCGCAAACGGUCGCGACUCAUCUGAUUCCCUUGAUCGCCGCACAGAUCGUGGUGGCAACCAAGAAGAAGACGAAUAUGCGCUGCUACACAGCACAGAAACAGAUGAAGGUAGACACCCUGGCCGACCACUGAGUUGGGGUGAGGACAGGAAUGGAACUUAUGGCGGUGGUGGCAGAACCACUGUUCCUCCAUAUGCGGAAUACAGGGAUAGCGGCAGCAUAGCUGCUGGCGUGGAUGCAUUAAGUCCAGGCGGUUAUGAAGAGUAUAGGAGAGAGGCCAGCGCGGGGCCUCUGGGUGGCAUGGGUAUGGAACGACAACCCAGCCACGUCAGUCACGCUGGGAGUGGGUAUAGCUUUAGUGGCGGGCCGGAGCGCCUGAAUUAA